AUGAGCCAACUGGAGGCCACCACAUUCAUUACAUUCGACCUGGAGGCGGGCCGAAAGGAAGAGCUGAUCAAGUGCUUGCGGCGCAACCACGACGUCUUUGCGUGGUCAACACAUGAGCUACAGGGCAUCUCGCCUAGCAUCGCGCAGCAUGAGCUCCAUGUCCGGUCGGACGCAUGGCUCGUGAAGCGGAGGAAGAGGGACUUCAGUGCCGAGCAGAACGUCAUCAUCCGAGCAGAAAUCGAGAAGCUUCUAGGGGUCGGUCACAUACGGGAGGGAUACCACCAAGUCCCGCUCGCCAGAGGUGAUCAGGAGAAGAUCGGGCGGAACUUGGAGGUAUAUGUCGAUGACAUACUUAUUAAAUCACUCCGAGCGACCGACCUUUCUGUAGAUAUAGAGGAGACCUUCCAAACACUGAGGACGUACGGAAUCAAGCUGAAUCCCCAGAAGUAUCAAUUCGGAGCGAAGAGUGGUCGCUUUUUGGGCUAUAUCGUCACCGACCGGGAUAUAGAGGCGAAUCCCAGCAAAGUGAAGGCACUGCAAGACAUGCCACCCCCCAGAAAUCUGAAGGAAGUACAACGCCUUACCGCUAAGCUGACUAUUGGCGAGCCACUCCGCAUCUACUUAUCCUCGAGCAAACAUGUUGUUGGCUCGGCGUUAGUGCGGUCGGACGGCGAAAAACAGCCAGUGUAUUUCCUGAACCAUAUUUUAAAAGAUGCUGAAUCCCACUACAAUGGCCUCGAGAAGCUUGCCUUCCCGUUGAUCCUCGCCGCCCGGAGACUCCGGCCCUACUUUCUCGCACACACAAUUGUCGUCAUGACGAACAGCCCUUUGGGAAGGUACCAACCCCGGACGGCCAUUAAAGCUCAAUCAUUGGCAGACUUCGUCACCAAGGUGCAAACCCCCGAGCCCGGAGCUACUUGGAAGGUGUAUGUGGACGGGUCAUCCACGCGGCAGGGAAGCGACAUCGACAUUUUGUUAAUCUCACCGCAAGAAGAGCGUAUGCAUUUGUCCGUGCGGCUGGAUUACCGUGCAACUAACAAUGAGGCAGAGUAUGAGGCCCUAAUAGCUGGUUUACGGGCCGCUCGGCACGUAGGAGCCAGUAAGGUAUCCUUAGUGUCUCACAUUGACAAGAUCGAGGGCCUCGUGUUUCCGAGCGACUGGAGGAUGGUCAUAGUGGAAUUUUUACAGUCCAGAGCUACGUCGUCCGAUCGGGAAGAAGCUCAGUUGCUAAGGAAGAGAGCUGGUCGGUUCACCCUCAUCGGGGAUCAGCUUUACAAAAAGGCUUUUUCCAAACCGCUCCUAAAAUGUGUCAGCUCAGAAGAUGCGGAGUACAUUUUACAGGAAGUGCAUCAAGGAGCCUGGGAAGGGCAUCCGAACGGUCGCUCGCUGGCAAGAAAGAUUCCGCUGGCCGGGUACUUUUGGCCGACCCUCCAGGAAGAUGCCGCUCGGACUGUCGUCACCUGCCAUUCUCGUCAGAAAUAUCACAAUUUUUCCCAUCAGCCAACGGAGGAAAUGAAGGUGUCUACAGUAUCCUGCCCGUUCGACCAGUGGGACAUGGACAUCGUGGGACCGUUCCCUAUGGUGACCGGACAGCAGAAGUUUUUGCUCGUGGCAGUGGACUAUUUCUCCAAAUCGAUCGAGGCCUAG